AUGGAGCCAGGAUAUGCUCUCUACCAGCUGGAUGUGGCACACAGGAGCCUGUUCCCCGCUGUCCUCACGACACAGGUGGCUCUGGACAGAAAAUGCAUGUCUUUGUUGACGCCCAGGACCAGUGGUAACAGCUCCUCUUACCUCCAGUCUGCAAUAGAGGAAGCACACAGCGAGGAGUGGGCACGUCAGGUCAUCCGCUACCUCUCAGACUGUGAGCGCCAUAUGAAGACGGCUACCAUUGUCCCCUCGGAGGUUGUCUAUCCCCCCGCCUUCAGACCCCUUCCACUUGCUCAGUGGUUUGAGACAGUCCACUCUAACGGCAUCCUGAGCCAUCUGGAUGAGAUGAAGGGAGUGAUCACCUCUACCUAUGGUAGAAUUCUUAAGGUGGAUUCAACAAAGAAGGUUAGGAUUUCAACUACAAAAAAAUAUGGAAAAGUAUAGAUAUUUUGCAGAAAGUAGUGUUUGUUUUACAGAUCACCAAGAAGCUGGCUGGUGGAAAUGGGGAUAGUGCUGCAUGGAUGGCAAACAUCGGCAAUGAGUUUGGCCAGGUUCUAAACUGUGUUUUGACCACGGGUGAAGGUGUAGGAUUGAAAGAAUUGUUCCAAGGCAUUGUCACUCGCUACAAGAAUGCCGGCCAAGCUGAACCUGAGGUCAUCUAUGUUUACCGGUACUGCUGCAGCCAGUCAGGUGGGUGAAAAUUGUAUUAAAUUUGUGUAUUUGUAUUUUUGUUACACUCCUGCCACUUGUGGGUGUAAUGGUACUGGCAAUGGGCUCUAUGCAUAGCUCCACUACUUCCUGCACCUGAGGCAUGUGGUCUAUUUAAUUAUCAAUGGUUGGUUUUUUACAGGUGUGUCGUCUGUGAUUAAACUCUUUCACCCAUGGAGGUCUGUAGUACGCUUAGACAGCUUUCAUUCUAUGUGAUGCUUUAACUGCGGCUUCACUACAGAACACCACCCAUUGUAUUGCACUUUUUGCACCAAGCUUUACUCCUUCAUCUUUGAAUGGGACAACGAGGAUGUGCAACGCCUAAAGGAUGCCAAGAGAGCAGAGUGGAAGGGAAGCCACAGCGGACUUGCUCCUUCUGAGGAGCAACUCAUGGCCACCAUCAGUCCAGGGGAGCUAAAGAGGCACUGUAGAAGGAGGAUACGUGGAGUGGAUGACAUUCGGAGCAUGAUUACAGGGCUCCUGGAAUCAGUGUGGGAGCUGACUGACACCACAGGGCUGCGUCUGGUGAACCAUGACAGCAUGCAUCACGUUUGGGAAGUGCAGCAGAAGCACCUUGAGUGCCUCCAAGACCCAGCAGGUGUUAAACUGUACACAAAGGUGGGGACACUCCAGAAAGGCGGCAAAGAGCUGGACAUCCUUAGGUGUGGUAGGGGGUCUUCCUCCCUGGAGAGUUUUCACCAACACCAGUGUGCUUUUAUUCCAGGUACAUUCACAUCAACACACAUUGUGUUUGUCUUUUUCUAAUGUUCUUUUCUAUGUUAUUGACAGAGAAUGUCUUGUAAUUACUUAAGUAAAACAGUUACCACUGUCAGGUGUUCAUAUGUAUUUACUUUACAAUAAUGGUUGACUGAACAGUGUAUUUUGUUUCUUAGGCUGGCGAUGCAAUGCAAUGCACAUGCAAAUGUACAUGAUGGAGGGAGCAUCGAGGUGGAACAUGGGCCAGGCCAAGGAGGCUGUAGCUGUGGAGGGGUCUCAACUCUCAGAAUUUUUGAUGUCCAAUUGAUUUCACACCUCAACAACAUGAGCCAGCGGGUCCUUGGUUAUGUUAUGGUUCCAGAGUUCACCCCACCUGGGAAACAUACUGGUAAGAGAAGAAUCAGAGUGACUCUGGUAGACCAAAUUAUUACAUCCCCUCCUCCACUUUUUCUUUGGAACCCCCCUACUCAGAGGAUGUGUAUUUCGAUGCGAAGAUUGUGCUAUAAAUGUAGGAGGUUGAUGUUUGUAUGCAUGUCCUUUUUUCAUCUUUGUUUUUAUACUGGUUACAGGAGAGCGCAUAGCUGGGGAGUAUCUGUUGGCCCAGACCAACAGAGGUGACCUGCUCACUCCAGAGCAAAUGCCUGACAUCCCCUCACAGGUGCUGGAGGAAGAUGAGGAUGAGCCAGAUGCCACCGUGUUCAUGCCAGGUGACCUUGCGGCAGGUGAUUCCUUGAAUGAGGCUGAACCGGACGCUACACUCUGCCAGUCAACUGAGCUUGAGGCUGGUGAUCCCGAUCCUCCAAGUGCUGCGGAUGACCAGGGGCCUCAUUUAUAAACCUGGCGUAGGAUCCAUACUAAAAGUGUACGUAAGUUGAAAAGAUGAAAAGUACGUAGGCAAAAAAAAAAUCUGAUUUCUAAAACCCUGCCUACGCACACCUGCACACACUUUCACUUUAUAAAUCACAGACCAGCCGGAAAGUUGCGCAGCAGGGAUUUGAUUCAUGCCCCGCCCUCUCCACACCCAAAAUUCACCAUGUAUGGUCAUGCAAAUUACCUCACGAAUGUGAUUUGCAUAUAAAUAAGCCUGAUGGAUCCACGGCAUUUCACGCUUAACCAUGGCAUCAGCAAGUCGUAGAAAAAGAAACUUUUCAGAGAUCGAGGUGGAGGUUCUUGUAAUUGAGGUGGCGGCGAGACGGGAGACCUUAUUCGGCAGCCAUUUGAGUGGCAUCACCAAUAAAAACGCCAUUGCCGUGGCGGUAAUUGCGGCUGGCACUGAGCGCAGCGUUGCCGAAACAGUGUUGUUUUCGUCAUAUUUCGUCAAAUAUUUUCGUCAACGCCAGCGUCAAAAAAGGGAAAUAUUUUCGUCAACGAGAACAACACUGGUUGUUUUCGUUGACGAAAAGAUUUCCCUUUUCUUCCACGACGAAGACAUAACGUUGACGAGCUAAACAUAAGUCGGAGAUGACUAAAAUGCGACGAGACGAAAGUGCGUUUACGUUGAUGGGACGAGACGAAAAUGACGAACAGAGUUGCAAAACGCUAAACAUAUAGGAGCAGCUUCUGUCCGCUCUGACAGCUCUCAUCAGCCUGCUGUGCUCCUCCAACACACAGACACACACACGCACGCGCGCGCACACAUGUGGAGUUUUGUUUUCGUUGACGAAAACAACACUGUGCCGAAAUCAAGAAGAAGUGGUCUGAUCUAAAGGUGGAGGCAAAGAAAAGAGUGGCUUUGCACCGUCGGAGCGUGGCGGCGACAGGUGAGGAUCAGAAAAAACAAGCACGUGUGACACUCAUCCAUGUGUUCCAAAUAGAAACUGCUCCGUUAUCCACCGCUGCUUAUGUGGUGAAAGUUCGUAAACCAAAAAGAUUUAGUCAUAUUAAUCUUAAAACAAAUGCAUGUAAAUGGAAUUUUUUUUUGCACAUUUGUAAAUUCAAAUUGGCAAACUAUCUACACCGCCACAGUGGGGUCUGUGCUUUCUGCGAGCAUCACUGCCUGUUACAGCAGCUGCAGCUCUCAGGACAGAGAGGCCCUGCAUCGAGUCAUCCGUUGUGCUGAACGCAUCACCCGGACUGUUCUCACCUUGCUCCGAUUGUCUCCAAAAAGUGCGUAAGCAAGGUGUGGAGUUUGCUUAAAGUUGCGCACAUUCCUACACUAGUUUUUCUUUUAUAAAUCCCAACUCUUGCGUAAGAAGUGGCGUAAGCACUUUCUAGCCAGGUUUUGUGCGUAAGCAGGCUUUAUAAAUGAGGCCCCGGGUGGUGUUGGAGGGUGACCCUAAACCCAGUCCCUUCGACACAAAGGUUAAUAACAGUUUCUUCAACACCUUACUCAAAAACAAAAUAUUUCAAUUAAUUACACCUGGUUACAUUUUGAUAAGAUAAAUGAAUAUGAAAUCAGCAUCGCUCAUGUAACAAAAAAUAUAAAUCUUUUGCUUUGUGUUUUCUUUUUUCCCUUAUCCCUUUUCAGACCAGCCAAUGUGACUCGAGAGGUGUUGCGAGAUGGGAGGCAGUUGAUGCCCUAGCAGCCUACCUAGUUGACUUAAAUCGAACAACCACAGCCUUGUCAGUCAAGGAGGAGGCAGACAUAGUCCACCUUUACUCAGCUCUUCAUGCCAUGGACAAGGCACCUUCAAAGUACAAAUUAGUAAUUAAUUUAUACACCAUAAUUAAACAAACAUUCCAUGGAAUGAAUGAAGCACAUUGAUGUCUCUUUUUGGUGUUUAGGUACACCCAGAAGGUUAAGAAAAGAGGGCGUGCGUCAGGAGGACCGUGGAGAGCAUCCAGGAAGCCCAGUGGCUCUGCUCCUGGACAGCAGGUGGCAGAGAGGUGAUUAACUACAAUUUUCUAUCAGUUUUGUUCAAUACAAAUCAUUGAAUGAAAGAUAGCACAUUUUAUUACAAUCCCUGUUGACACUGUCACCUUGUUCUUAAUGACACUACAUCCUUGUCCACAGUCCAGAUCACAUCAUCUUUCCCUCCCACAGACUAUACAUGACUCACGGCCAAGCAGCCCAGGACCCUGAAUCACACAGGGUCAGUGAGUGUGUUUGCCUCAGACUUGCCAAAGAGUUUGUGCAAGCAUGCAACAGGCCAAAUGGAAAAACCAUGCCAGUCCCUCAAUCCAUUGUCAGCGUCUAUGGCCACAUCAAACAGCUGCUAGAGGACAGCAAGGUUGUCCUGAACCAGACCAACUUGGCUCUGGUGCCAGUUAACAACACUACUGUCUCCUUAUGGUGUGUAUUUUUUCAUUUAACUUUCCCAUACUGUCAAGACAGUAUAUAAAGAUUUUACAGUAAUAAAAACCUCCACCUGCAUUUAGGUAUAAGUAUAAAAUAGUGAAUUUUUGUCUUGUAGGCUACUUAGGAGGGAUAAAAGGAAGGACAGGGACAUUCUCCUGCAAGGGACUAUCCUCCCCAAACAGCUGCACCUGGCCAAGGAGUCUCUCCCUGCAGUGAACACACUUCCGGCUGCCCCUGCCCAACAUGCACAUGAAGUGAUGACAUGGAGGAGGUCCCUUAUGUAGCUGAGAGCAAGUCGUUUGAGGGCCUCAUAGGAGAUCAGCAGCAACCUGGACUGGGUUCUAAAGGAAACGGGAAGCCAGUGCAGGUCAGCCAGGAUGAGAGUCAUGUGACACGACUUCUUCGAGCUGGUGAGCAGUCUGGCUGCUGCAUUCUGGACCAACUGCAGGCGGUGGAGAGAAGAUUGGUUAAGACAAGUGUAGAGAGAGCUGCAGUAGUCAAUCCUUGAGGAGACAAAUGCAUGAACAGCCAUCUCCAGCUCCUGGUGGGAAACAAUCGAGUGCAGCUUGUAGAUGUUCCUCAGGUGGAAAAAGCUGUUGAUACAAAGAGCCUUAACAUGUUGAUCAAGAUGCAUCGACUGGUUUUGCUUGCUGCAUGUCUUUGGAGUAAGGGCAAAAAUUUAACAAUGUACUACUUGUUUCAUGCUGUGACAGCUCUGGGCUCACUGCAGGCUCACCUUCUCCACAAAGUACCGCUGGUUGCUGGGCUCUUCUGCUGUGUGGAUGGGAAAGGGUUUUUGAUCUCUUUGUCAAGCCAAAGGGCACAGGGGAAAUGGCUACUGUAGCCAAAGGCUCAGUGAUUACUCAGCACAUCAGAAAGCUGCUAGACAAGUGUGAAGUGAAAUCAGCAAGCACUGGUUCAGAACUCAAGUAAGCAUGAGGCAAAAUGGUUGGACUGUAAAAGUUUAAAAUGCUUCCUGACCUGAGGUUAGCAUUUCCUCGUGCAUCUUGGCAAGAACCACUGUGCUAGCAUUCAAUUGUGUGCACUGAUCAUCCCCUUGGAGUUGGGGGGGGCAAAUGAAAGCGAUGUGGAGAAUGCGGGCAUCGAUCCCGCUACCUCUCGCAUGCUAAGCGAGCGCUCUACCAUUUGAGCUAAUUCCCCUCUCCAUACGUUGUCCCAAGGCCUUGUGCAAGAAGACCCGAAAAGCUGCAACCCUGCCUGCUUUCGGCCCAAGCGGCAGCCGAUCUGGUGUGUUGAAAGGACAGCCGUAAAGACGAGGUGGCCGUACCCACCAAUGGCUGGACGGCAUGCAAGGUCCGAACACAUCCUAACAUUUUCCUAACAAGCUCCUAACAGAUCCUAACAAGCUCCGAACAAGGUCCGAACUAGGUCUGACGACAUCAAAGGGUUUCAAGCGAGGUCCGAACUAAGCUCCGAACAAGACCGAACAGUGUCACCUGAUAUAGGAGGGGGCGGAGUUAUCUUUUCCAAACGACGGACAUGUAUUUCCCCGCUUAGCAGCCACAUACAAAGUACCGCUAUUAAAGGUUGGAAAUUUUGUUAAAUGUUCACAAAAUCAAGGUCAUGUGUGGGACGAAUAUUAAACAGUGUGACAAAACAGUAUACCAUUUAAUUUCCCAUCCCAUUGCCACUUAAUUGAACUUAUAUUUUAACUUUCUCGUUACGUAGCCAUUUUGCGAACAGAGCUUCUGCUUGUAAUGGCAUUGGUGCGCUUGCUAGCUCUGUGUGGUAAUGUUGAGGAUAUUGGUGGUAUGACAGAAGCACAAGACCAAUAGUAGCUUAUUUAUUUCUUUAGUGGCUGUAUAAACCCCGCCGAUCUUUUGGGGAAAGCCUUACGAUGUGAAAUAAUUGUACCAGGUUUCAUUGUCCGUCUGUGGAAUAAUAAUAUAUCGGCUAUAUUGACGUUUUCUCCACUCAGGUAAUGGAGCCUGGUUAUGUGUUUGAGCAGAGCAGACAGAAGUGCACAGAUGUUUUAAAUAUGCUUAAUUGUGCACAACAACAAUGCAAAACAUGCUUUCAUACGUACAUACAUCAUGUAGCUACAUUAACCUAUUUUCUUUAAUGUUUGUAGAUGACUAAAACAGGAAAACCAGAUGCCUACUGGAGGGAUAUUUGUGCAAAAUAUGCCCAGGGCCAGUACCACUUUUGGACCGGCAAACCACCAGGGGCCAAGAAGUGGAAAAAGGCCCUGGAGAAUGUAGAUGCGUGUCCCCGGCAGAGCCACACCAAGGACCUGUUUGGGAGAAGCCUUCAUUGCUCCUGUGGGUUCCAUAAGGUAGGUAAAAUUAUUUACUAAGUGCUGAUGAGUCACUGUAGGAUGUGGAUUUAUUUAUUGAACAAUGUAUGUCUGCACCAUUCUGGAGAAAAAUGUUAGUGUAGGAAUCUUAGUUGCAUGUAGCAUAGCCCUCUUUUUGUACUCCCCUCUCCUCUAGUCAGCAGAUGUGUCAUCAGCUGCUGGCUGCAGUAAGACAGGAGAAGUUGAGAUGGAGGGAGGGCAAGUCCAAGUUGACACAGAGACAGGAAGUGGAAACACGGAGGCAGCAGCAUCAGUGGCAGGACAGGGAGUACAGUGCUACAAGUGCAAUGAGUUUGUGGAGGGAGAUAAAUUCUCUGAACACCUCUCUGAUUACCAUACAGACGAGGUGUGUGACACCUGUGGGACCAAGGUGCACGGUGCUUUUGGUCUUUUAGACCACAUCCAAAUGACCCACUACUCAGGGCUCAUCACACCAUCACUGCAAAGGCCGACACCUCCUCCUCCUCCACCUCCUCCACCUCCACCACCACCACCACCACCACCACAACCACCCUCACCACCACAGCACAAGGCAACUCCACUGAAACCUUCUUCCAUUAAUUGGAAAGGUUUUCUUCCUGAUCAAUUUCGCAGAGUCAUACAGGAAUCUGAUCAGGUGUGGAUUGCCAAGUGUCUGUAUGAACCCACAGGCCAGUUGAAAAGAAGAUUAAAAGCUUUCUGGUUUCACCCACCAUUGGAGCCCAAACCAUCUCCUCCUGAGCCUGGGUGGCACUUCAGAAAGAGAAUGUUUGUCUGGGCACCAAUGAGGAUCUGGGGGAUUCCCCUGAAAUGCCCACAGUGUUCACGUAAAAUGAACAACUCCGGCAUCUACAGGAAGGUCAGAGAGGUGAUCGAUGUAGAUAGCCGCUAUUAUCUAGUGGGAGGGGACUAUCCACGUUGCAGCAAGUGCUCUCAGCCGGUCUGCCCAUGGAGCCAGGAUAUGCUCUCUCCCAGCUGGAUGUGGCACACAGGAGCCUGUUCCCCGCUGUCCUCACGACACAGGUGGCUCUGGACAGAAAAUGCAUGUCUUUGUUGACGCCCAGGACCAGUGGUAACAGCUCCUCUUACCUCCAGUCUGCAAUAGAGGAAGCACACAGCGAGGAGUGGGCACGUCAGGUCAUCCGCUACCUCUCAGACUGUGAGCGCCAUAUGAAGACGGCUACCAUUGUCCCCUCGGAGGUUGUCUAUCCCCCCGCCUUCAGACCCCUUCCACUUGCUCAGUGGUUUGAGACAGUCCACUCUAACGGCAUCCUGAGCCAUCUGGAUGAGAUGAAGGGAGUGAUCACCUCUACCUAUGGUAGAAUUCUUAAGGUGGAUUCAACAAAGAAGGUUAGGAUUUCAACUACAAAUAAAUAUGGAAAAGUAUAG